UACUUUUUUGUUAAAUGUGCAGUUAAAUAGUGACAACCACUAGCAUCAUGGCCUUACAAGAGGAGAAUGGUGGUAUGUCUGGGCAACAAAAGGGCAGUCCUCGCACUCUGGUCUUAAUGGUUACUUCUGCUGCAAUUGGAGGAACAUUACAAUAUGGAUACAACCUUACUAUUAUGAAUGCACCCACUGUCUAUAUUCAGAAGUUUGUAAAUGAGUCGUUUCAGAGGCGCUGGGGGAUACAGUUAGAGUCGUAUCAGGUUACACUGAUGUGGACAGUCAUAGUGUCUGUCUUCUCAUUGGGUGGCCUUACAGGGGCUCUGUUGGCAGGGCCCAUGUCCAUCCACUUUGGGAGGAAGAAAACUUUGCUGCUGAACAAUAUUUUUCUAAUGCUCAGUGCACUACUGGCUGUGACAAGCCAGAAAGCUCAGUCUUUUGAGAUGAUCAUCAUCUCCAGAUACCUAGUUGGCAUCAAUGUGGGGGUCAGUAUGAAUGUGCAGCCCAUGUAUUUUGGUGAAAGUGCACCAAAACAUUUACGUGGUGCUGUAGCCCUUUCCUCUUCUGUCUUCACCUCUUUUGGGCUGGUUCUAGGACAAGUGGUAGGUUUAAGGGAGGUGUUGGGUUGUGAAUCAUGUUGGCAGUACUUGUUAGCCAGUAAUGCUGUGCCAGGCUUCAUUCAGCUCCUUACACUACCCUGGUUUCCAGAGAGCCCUCGGUAUCUUCUCAUUGAUCGUGGUGACAAGGAUGCCUGUUUAAACGCACUGCGGCAGUUGCGGGGCUGUGAGGUGCAGAAAGAGGAGUUGGAUGAGAUGCUACAAGAACAGGCUGAAUUUGAGGGCAGGCGAGCUCAGCGGCCCUGGGAGCUUUUCAAGGACCGUAAUGUUCGCUGGCAACUCAUCUCCAUCGCCAUCAUAAGCAGUGCCAUGCAGUUGUGUGGUAAUGACUCAAUUUACUUCUAUGCUUCUUACAUAUUCCAAGAGGCAGGAAUAUCAGCCGAACACACCCAGUAUGCAUCCAUUGGUACUGGCACUUGUGAAUUCACUGCCUGUAUACUAUGUAACCUGUUGAUAGAACGAAAGGGCAGAAGGAUGCUAUUAAUGGGAGGUUAUGUGCUCAUGACAGGCUGGGCUAUAGUCUUCACUGUGGCUCUUUCAUAUCAGGACGUAGUACACUGGGUGCCUUACCUGAGCAUGGUCUGUGUGUUUGCCUAUAUCCUCAGUUUUGGAAUCGGACCAGCUGGGGUGACUGGAAUUCUCCCUACAGAGAUUUUUAACCAGGCAGCUCGCCCUGCUGCCUACAUGAUCGCAGGUUCUCUAAUGUGGCUUAAUCUCUUCAUUAUUGGAAUGAUUUUCCCAUUUAUUGUGAGUGGACUGGGUCAGUUCUGCUUUGUACCAUUUGGUGUUGUCUGUGUCCUCAGCGCUUUCUAUAUUGGAUUAUUUUUGCCUGAGACUAAAGGAAAAACAUUACCCAUGAUCACAAACGAAUUCAACAAGCUUAACUUUGACAGAAAUAAGAAUGCACGUCCAAAGUGCGAAAAUGUUUAUUACCAACUAGGUGAAGUCCAGCACUCAACUGCCCUAUAAGCCAUUUGUUUUUAUAUUUAGAAUUCCUGCACACUUAUGAAUGCUAGAGAUCUCCGUAGAAGAGUAAGAGUUUAAAAGGUUCAGACAGCUAAAAUAUAGACACGUAGACAUUUUACUGUCAGACCAUUUAUUCAUAAAUGUAUAUUUAUGAGAACAAAAAACUUUUUGCCUAGAACAAAAAGCUGGUGCUGCUAUAUUCUUAGUUUAUAAUAAACCACGGAACCAAACCACUGAAAAAUCUGGUUUAAUAGUCUAUGAGUAAAAUUUGCAUUUUGAACACUUUCAACUUAAUAUUGUCAGUUUUAAUUUUUUUUUUUUUUAGAUGAAUAUAUAAAUAUUUUAUAUACCCUUACACGUCACUUUAACAGAAAACCAUCGCACAGGUCAUGUAUUUCGGUUAAUGUUCACAUCAAACAUCAGAAUUUUUUUUAACAGUGUGAUCUUUGUGCCUCUAACUGUGACGUGGGUGUUGGUGCCAAAUAUGCUGGUGUGAGCAUUUCAGAAACUGCUUAUCUCCUGGCAUUCUCACAAACUAAUAGUAGAAUUUACUGUUAGAAUGGUGUAAAAAAAACACAUUCUGUAAGCAUGUGUCUGCAAGCUGAAACACCUUGCUGAAAGAGAUUGCAUCAAAAUAACCAGACUGAUUUGAGUUGACAGAAGGUCUGUUCUUAAUGAAAUAAGCACUCUUUACAACCCCGAUGAGCAGAAAAGCACAGACUCACCCGAACAGAACAAUCGGUCCUAGAGUUUUUUUUUUCCCUACUCUUCAACUGUCCCUUUUCUAUGAGUCUGUGCCCAUGAGCUCAGAUUCCUGUUACAGGAAGACAGGAGUGGAAGCUGGUGUGGUCUGCUGUUCUUCAAAGUUCUGUGUUUUGUGACAGGAUGCUCAUCACAGUUGUAAAAUGUGAUUAUUUGUGAUUGCCUUUUGGGCAGCUCAAACAAUCUGAACAUUUUUUUUGGCUUUUGUUCCAACAAGGUUUUUCCAUUUAACAGAACUGUGGCUUACUGCAAUUUUUAUU